UUAAUUUUUCAUUCUUUUAUUAUUAGUUUAAUUAUAAUUAUUAUAGUUUUAGUUUCUGUAGCUUUUUUAACUUUAUUAGAACGAAAAAUUUUAAGUUAUAUUCAUAUUCGAAAAGGUCCUAAUAAAGUUGGAUUUAUAGGUUUAUUACAACCUUUUAGAGAUGCUAUUAAAUUAUUUACAAAAGAAUUUUAUUUUUUGUUAAAAUCAAAUUAUAAUUUAUAUUUAUUUAGUCCUUUUAUAAGAAUGUUAAUUAUAAUAAUAUUAUGACAGCAUAUACCUUAUUUUUCUUUAAUUAUAAAUAAUGAUUUUUUAAUAUUAAUAAUUUUAUGUUUGCUUAGGUUGGGGGUUUAUAGAAUAAUAAUUGCGGGAUGAUCUUCUAACUCAAUAUAUUCUUUAAUUGGAAGAAUGCGAAGAAUUGUUCAAACAAUUUCUUAUGAAGUUAGAAUAAUCUUGAUUAUAUUAUCUUUAAUUUUUUUAAUUGAAAGUUUUAAUAUUUAUAAAUUUAUAUUAUUUCAAAAAUUUUCUUUAUUUAUUUUUAUAAAUUUUCCUUUAGCUUUAAUUUUAUUUGUAAGAUUAUUAGCUGAAUUAAAUCGAACUCCAUUUGAUUUUGCUGAAGGUGAGUCAGAGUUAGUUUCUGGAUUUAAUACUGAAUAUUUAAGGGGAAGAUUUGCUAUAAUUUUUAUUGCUGAAUAUGGAAUAAUUAUAUUUAUAAUAUUAAUAUUUUUAAUUUUUUUUUUAUGUUUUAAUAUUUUUAGAUUAAUAUUUUUAAUAUUAUAUUUAUUUUUAUUAUUUUUUGUAAUUUGAGUUCGUGGAACUUACCCUCGAUUUCGUUAUGAUAAUUUAAUAUAUUUAACUUGAAAAAGUUAUUUACCUAUUAGUUUAAAUUAUUUAAUUUUUAUUAUAGGUGUAAAGUUUUUAAUA